CACACACUCAAAAUCAAUGUAUUGCAUUUUAUGCGGAAAUCGCAAGAAAUCUGUUUUCUAUCAUGCAUUUUCUAAGCAAAAGAAAAUUCGCAAGCAGUGGCUAGAAUUCUGUGAAAUCGAUGAACAUAUUCUGAACAUGGCUACUAUGUUCAAAUCAUUUUCGUGAAGAAUUAAAGAUACCUUUACUAAGUUUUAAUACUAAAACUCAAUGCUGUUAUAAAGAAGAAGACAAUAUCUGAACAAUCAAACUUUGCUCUGAAGUUUAUGAUAGCACAAAACAGAAAUAUAAUGUUAUUGACAAUACAAAUAUCCAUUGCAAUGUAUCAGUUAAAGCACGACGAGAUAUUAUUAAAGACCGUCAACUGGACAAAUUUUCGAUAUAAAAAGGGCUCCAAGAGCCUGAAGGUAUCCAAGAAGAGAAGAGCGAUAAGAGGUAUGAUAAGGAGAAUAAGGAGAGAACUGAUGGAAAGGGAUGAAGAAGAAAAAGAGAUCAAAGGAAUAAUGAUAGGGAGGAUAAGGUGUGGAAAAAAUAGUUGGAGGAUAAUGGGAAUCUAUAGGGAUGGAGGAGAUACUGGAGGAUUUAAGGAUUGGAUGGAGGAAAAAGGAAAGAUGAAAACAAUAGAAGGAGGAAAUUUUAAUGCGAGAACGGGGAUAGAGAAAGGAUGGUUUGAAGGGGAAGAAUGUGAGGAAGAAAAACAAGGAAGGAAUUCAAAGAAUAAAAAGAUAAAUGGAGAAGGGAGGAAAUUGUUAGAAUUCAUUAGUGAUAGAGGAUGAACAAUUUUGAACAGAAGAAUAAAAGACAAGGAAAGGAAAUGAAUAUAUA